GAAUUAUAUGCGUAGGAAUUAUAACUAUUUGAUAUUUUCUAUUAAAUUUUUAAAUCAUUGAUGAUGUAAAUAAUCAUUUAUUUAAAAUCGUAGUUUUUUGUUUAUAUAAAUAUGACAUGGAAUACUUUGAUAACACUGAUUAUUAUUCAAACUUAAAUGAUCCAACGAUAUUUAAAAAUGAAUGUUCACAUACAAUUUCAAAAUUACAUACUAUAAACAUGGAAUUAACUCAAAAACUAAAUAAAUUGAAGAAUGAAAAUAAAAUAAUGCAAAGAAAAUACGAAAAUACGAAAAGCCAAAACAUAGCAUUGCUAUCGGAAUUGACACAUUAUAGGAAAAACUCUACCAACAAAUGCUGUGGAGAAGGAGAAAUGCCAAUGAAGGAGCAUAAAGGUGAACUUUCGUAUGCCGUGCACACGCAAAUCUCAGAAAAUAUACCAUUGGCGGAAUCCCUUUUAUAUCAAAGUUAUAGAUCGUCCAAACAAUCGAUCGAUACCAACAAAUCUAAGCGGAACCGCUUACACCAAACCUUUCUCUCAAUCAUCGGUGACUUAUUCCUAAACACCUCGUGGGGUUCAAUAGAGCCAAGAUGGACAAUCCCGUCUAUGGCCUCGUCUGCUAAUAAUUUAGAUUUUACACCCGAAAGUGAUAACGAAGAGGAAAACAUGAAUAAUAAUCUAAUCGUGAUUGAUAAUUCCGACGAUGAGUUUUUCGUUAUACAAGAAAUCGUUUGAAAACUUAUUUGCCCUAAUCCUAUUCGUUAAAUUAUUUUAGGCUAUUUUCUCGACACCAAUCAGUUUACCUUUUUAUUCGACUAACCGUAUAUUGCCUAUUCUUGUAUAUAGAUAUGUGAUCCUAGGGGUAGGAAGAUGCUUGCCAAAAAAUUUGAUAUGCCAUCUCAUUAUAACGUAUUAACCUAUGUUACCAGGUUUCCGUCUUCCAUCUUCUUGCGUUAACAUUUAUUCUUUGUAAAUUAUUCAUAUUUCAAAAUACCUCAACAAAUUUUUUUUGAUAACAUAUUUAUAAAAUUAUAUAUAUAUAUCCCAAAUUGUUAUAUUUAUAUUAAAUUUUAUUUAUAAUUCAUACAAUUCAAAUCUACCAUUAUAUCAUGCUUGCCCCAAUUUUUAAGGUGACCUUGUGAUUAUUUUUAUUU